ACGUAACAGUAAAAGUAGCGGACUUAUAAGUAGAAUAGAACAAAAUAGAAACAUGUUUUAUUAAUAUUUUAUGCUUGUUAGAUAAAAUGAUAGUUCUUUAAAGAGGAGGAGUGGCUUAUGUCAAAGACGAAUCUUUGUGAUUGGAUUAAAAGUGAAAGUCUAUUUAGGUUUAUCGUGUGACAGUCGAGAUAAAUUGUAAUGACAUUACGAAAAUAGGUUUACAAUUUCAUUUUGAGGCAUCGUUUCGCUCAAAAGAUGUUAUUUGAUUUUGAUAUAAACCGUAGAAUUUGUAACCUCUGUAUCAUAUUGCUUUUUAUUUAAAUUUUGAUAUAUCGCUUUUCUAUAAAACACAGAUAUCAUUGUACUUGCAAACAGUGUGACAUUCACUUGCGAUGUAUCAAUGAUGAUUCACUGUGUUCAAGUGUAAAUUUAAUUUCAUUAAAUAGUACUGUAAUAAAAUAAAGAUUGGUUCGUAUAGUAAACAAAAACACACAGGAACCCCCGGAUAGUCAAAGGGAAUAUUAGAUUAAGGAGAUGGGAUGCUUGAAUAAGUUACACUGUUACACAAGUGUUGUUUUGUGCUAUAUUGUCUUACAGAUUUGUGCAAUAGAAUCCAGCCAUGCAGUAGACUCAGAAGAACAUAUACGCAGACGGAGUCUUAGGGAAGAUGGAUAUAACCAUGUUCAGACAGCCUCGUUAAAGUUUAUCUACAAAGAUGACGAAGUUUCACACAGUUUUACUAGCAGUCAAUUUGCACGAGACGCUGACCACCAAGGAGAGCCGAUAGAAUUGCACAUCGAAGGGGAUGAUAUACGAUUUGAAAUAAUACUCCACCGUACGAAACCAGAUUUUAGCAAGGACGCUCGAGUUGUUGUUAUCUCCGAUGGCAACGAACAAAUUUCAGAAAAUAUUCAGCCAAGAGACUGCCUAAUGUCAGGUAGUCUGAAGAGAAACCCAGACAACACUGCAGUCAUAUCAAUAUGUGACGGACUGAAAGGAGAAUUUACAAACGGCUCGUAUACUUAUUUAAUUGAAACUGUACAAGAAGGUGGCAAAGAGACAGUUCUUCUGGCAAGAAAAGACAACAAUGUUUUGCAAGAAACUAAUCAGCCAUCGUCUGAUGAUAUACCGAGUUCAAACAUUGGAGAGAGACAGAAGAGAGCAGCUAUUGCUAGUCUGAAUAUAGAGACAGUUUUGAUAGUGGAUGAAGAAUACGUUCAAAAUAUACGAGAUGCUGGCCAUACGACAAAUCAGUCAAUCGUGGAUCUUAUGAAAUUGAAAUGGACAGGGGUACAAUCGGAAUGGGCAAAAUCGGACGUUCUGGACUAUGAAGUUACUAUCGAUAUCAAAGAAAUUGUAAUCUGGGAACAAAAUCCGUCAUGGUACUCACCUUCUACUGAGCUGGAUGACACGUUGUACAGUAUCUGUAAUGGGGCAAAGACACGUGGGCUUUGGUCAGACUAUGACCACAUACAUCUCUUUACUGGGAGAUCCGGUACAGAUGUAUCUGGGAAAGCGUAUACCCCAGGGAUAUGCAUAGACGGUGACAAAUGCGCCGUAUCUACAGACACAUCUAUAGCCGAAUAUUAUGUUGCCACACACGAACUUGGGCAUAAUCUGAAUAUGCAACAUGACGGGGAUGUUGGAUGCCCGAGUCCUAACAAUGGCAUUAUGGGAGGUUUAACAUCCGGCUGGAGCACUUGCAGUGUUGCGGCAUUCAAAGAAUUGCUCAACGGUACGUCAGCUGACUGCUUACUACAAACUGAUGUAAGUGAAUCAACUAUAUGGACCUUAGAAGCCGUGUGGCCUGGUAUGACGUAUUCAGAUGACGAAAUUUGCCAAUUACAGAACGGUGCUGGCUUCGUGUACGUAGGAUCAUUGAAUUCUUGUUCUGGGUAUAGAUGUAUGAAUCUAGAUCCAACAUCACAGCAGUAUGGUGUCAGCUUUCGAUAUACGGCACCGACGGACGGAAGGUAUUGUGGCGAAGAUAUGGUUUGUACAACAAGCCAGGCCAAUUAUCGGUGUAUCAAUGUAACAGACACCGGUAUUGACCCUUCCUUGAUAAACAAAGUAACAGGAGGUUGGUCUGAAUGGGGAACAAUGACGUCAUGCAGCCGCACGUGUGGAAACGGUGUUCAGUACAGAAUACGAACGUGUGACAAUCCAAAGCCCCAAAACAGCGCAUUUUGUGAAGGCGACGCAUAUGAUGCAGAACUUUGCAAUACUCAGCCAUGUGAUGGGGAUAGUUCAGUAGAAGCUGACCUGAUUACACAAAGGGCAGGAGAAACAUGCACUAAGUGGAAAACAGAUAACAUGUACUCAUUAAUUGGCCUCGUUUCGGCAAAUUACCUCAAUACAGGGGCAAAAUCUGGUAACAGUGACGAAGCCCAGUGCAAUGUUGUAUGUGACACUGUGGAUGGUUACGCUGCCGCUUCAUCAGAAAGGCAUGGUAUAAUUCCGCAUGGAACUCCAUGUUCGCACAGUUCGUUGUCGACAUUUGUGGAGAACAACAACCUACCGAGAAAAUCGGACAUGUAUGGAACGUGUGUUCAAGGAUAUUGUUUUUUAUUUGGAUGUGAUCAUACAUCUGGCAACACGCAGAAGGACGGCUGCGGAGUGUGCGGGGGAGAUAACUCUACAUGUCAAAUAGUAGAGGGAGUUUAUGACACAGUGAUAGCUAAAAGUGAAAGAGCAAGGAUUGUUCGUUUACCAACAAAUUCUACACUUAUACAGGUCUAUUUUGUAUACAGCACUAUGCAAAAUCAUUAUCUUGAGCUUAAAACAAAGGAUACUGGCUCGCAAGCUGUCAUCAGUUAUCAAACCCUAAUUACAACAUCAACCCCAGUUAGUUUUGCUGGAACACAUUGGUAUUUUGCAUGGAAUAAACAAUAUAUGUACGCCCAGGGACCGCUUAACCAGGCUGCUGACAUUUGGCUUUUUAACAACGGUAAUAACAAUAACGCCGGAGUAACGUAUACAUACUCACUGCCAACAGCGUCAGAAAUGGCAAGCUGUUCCGGAACAUGUGAGAAUGGAGGCACGUGGAAUCCGUCAACUUGCUCGUGCGACUGUGCUGAUGGUUACUAUGGCAUCAGUUGCGAUACAACUUGUAAUAAAUUCUGCAAGAACUCUCAGUCAUUGUCAAUAUCAGGAUGCGGCUGUGACUGCCAAGGCAAUACCUAUGGUUCAACCUGCAGUUGCAAGAACCCGUUUACUGGUAUAGACUGUCAAGACUGCAAAGUAAGUUCUUGUCAGAAUGGAGGGACGUUUAACGCAACUGCAUGUAGAUGCUCGUGUCCGCAAGGGUACGGAGACCUAGACUGUAGCUCCCCAUGUGAGGAUGCAGGACUAUCUACCGAAGACUGCUUAGUGAAGGUCGGAAAUGGUCAUUGUGAAUCAAAAAAUGAAAUAAUGGAGACCAAAUGUUAUAAAUCUUGUGGGUUGUGUGAACCGUCCGACUCGACGACCUCAUCGACGUCAACGGCGUCCCAGUCUGGAACAGGAACAACGGGGUCCCAGUCUGGAACGGGAACAACGGCGUCACCAGAUAUAACGACUGUAAAUUGUACAGACACCAAUGAUGAUACCUGCAAUGGUGCUGGUUCGCUUCUGGCCCACUGGUCGCAUUAUUACAUUCCUCUGCAAGUUUCGUUACUGAUCCACUGGUCUCCUUGGCUACUGCUGACACAGUCUCUGCUCUCUGCAUUGUUGCUACUUUAGAAAUUAUGUACCACAGCAAAUCCUAACUUACACGACAUGUUGUAGCAGAUAUAAGUAUAGUGUAAAUUGGGCUUUUUAUCAAGGGUGUGUACAGACUUUAAGUGCUAAUAACACGAAGUGUUCUUUUGUUUUGCAUGUUUUAUCUGCUUCUGGCAUGCAACGAGAAACAAACGAAAUGACCUGCAACAAAACUUCUGUUAGUUAAAUCGAAGAAUUAUGUAUACGUUUAUAUUUUUUUACAUCCAAAGGUACUUCCUUUAACAAAGAAAGGAAAUGACAGAUAUAAAGCUUAAAGAUUAAGCUAGAUUCAGUAUUGAAAAUACGUAUUUUUAGAUUGAAAGAUAUUAAGGUUCACACAAAACUACUUGUGAUUCGUACGUUGUCCUUUCAAUUUUAUAUGUAAAACGCAUUCUCCUAUAUAGAGUUGUCGUUCUUCCACUUCCGCUUUAGAAAAGAGGUCAGGAACCACAACUCUAUGGAAGAGAUUAUUAAAAACGAACUCUUCUGAAACUUUUGAAAUUUAUAUUUUUAGCUGUUUGUAUAAAAUAACUUGCGUACGAAUACUCUGAAGAAAAAACACUGCAUGCAAAAAAUACGAAGGUAGAAAAGCUUAUGGGAUGCUUACGAGAUACGAAUUUUUUUAUAUAUAUAAAUGUUUUAAUAUAUGUUCUUAUUUAUGUUUUGUUCUUUAAGGUAGUUCUGCACGUUUGGUAAACUGGAAGAAAUGGCGUAACGUCAUUUAUCCGGAUAACGCAGAAUAAAGCCUGGACUCAAAAAUUGAAUACUGAAAAUCAUUUUAUGAAUUAAUGGCAACUUUUUAGUAAAUUUAUUAAAACGACAACGUUAUUAUCAGCUUGAAAUGUGUGGGUUUCCUUACUCAUGGGAAAAAAUAUCUCAAAAGUAAGCACUUAGACCGAUAUUUUUUAUUUCACCACAUUACAGACUGUAUGUUUUUGCACGAAUGUUAAAAGUUUCAAUAAAAUCUACAUUUUAGAAAAAAAUCUAACAGCGAAAAUGUUAUCAAAAUUGUGAUUUUCCAAUAGACUCCCGUUAUGAAAGCUUGUGUGAGGUCCAAAUGUUUCAAAUCAGUCUAGUAAAAAUCAGUAACACCACCCUAUCAUUUCUGUUUACGAAAUUUUCUAAGUAUAUCCAGAAGAAAAAAUAAUAAUCCGAAUGUGCAGAACUAUCUUAAUGUCAGAUAUACAUUUUACAUCGAACGUUUUGUCAAUGAUAUGACAUUGUGAUUUUAGCUCACCUGAGCCAAAGGGUGAGCUAUUGUGAUCACUCACCGUCCGGCGUCCACACUUUCCUUUAAACAACAUCUCCUCCUAAACCACCAAGCCAAUUAAAUAAAAACUUCACAGGGAUGAUCCUUGGAUGGUCUUCUUUGAAAAUUGUUCAAAGAAUUGAAUUCCAUACAGAACUCUGGUUGCCAUGGCAACCGAAAGGAAAAACUUCAAAAUUCUUCUUGUCCAAAACCACAAGGCAUAGGGCUUUCAUAUUUGGUCUGUAGCAUCAUCUAGUGGGCCUCUACCAAGAUUGUUCAAAUUAUCCCCCUAGGAUCAAAAUUGGCCCCACCCUGGAGGUCACAUGGUUUACAUAGACUUAUAUAGGGAAAACUUUGAAAAUCUUCUUGUCCAAAACCAUUAGGCCUAGGGCUUUGAUAUUUAGUAUGUAGCAUCAUCUAGUGGGCCUCUACCAAGAUUGUUCAAAUUAUUCCACUAGGAUAUAAUAUGGACCCGCCCUGGGGGUCACAUUGUUUCUAUAGGCUUAUAUAGUGGAAAAAUUUGAAAAUCUUCUUGUCAAAAACAAAAGGGCCUAGGGCUUUGAUAUUUGGUAUGUAGCAUCAUAUAUUAUGCCUCUACCAAGAUUGUUCAAAUGAUCCCCCUAGGGUGAAAUAUGGCCCAACCCAGGGGUGUCACAUGGUUUAUAUAGACUUGUAUAGGAAAAAAACUUCAAAGAUCUUCUUGUCUGAAACCACAAGACCUAGGCUUUUGAUAUUUGUUAUGUAGCAUUGCCUUGUGAUUCUCUACCAAGAUUUUUCAAAUUAUUUCCCAGGGGUGAAAAGAGGCCCUGCCACGGGGUCCCUAGUUUUACAUAGACAUAUAUAGGAAAAAACUUUAAAAAUCUUUUUGUCUGAAAUCGCAAGGCAUAGGCUUUUGAUAUUUGGUAUGUUGCAUUGCCUAGUGGUCCUCUACCAAGACUGUUCAAAUUAUGCCCAAGAGUUGAAAAGAGGCCCCACUCAGGGGGUCCUAAGUUUUACAUAGACUUACAUAGGAAAUUCUUUAAAACUCUUCUUGCCUGAAACUGUAAGGCCUAUGCUUUUGAUAUUUGGUAUGUUGCAUUGAUUAGUGGUCUACUACCAAAAUUGUUCAUAUUAUGGUCUUGGGGUGAAAGAGGCCCUGCCCUAGGGGUCCCAAGUUU